CUUUUGUAAUUUUCACUUUGUUUCGAGAUACAGAAUCGACCCCCUGAUCUCGUCAGAGAUUUUGUAUGCGUUUCAGACUCGUUUCGCUUUAAUUUAAAGAAUCGUCAACACGACAAAAAACGACAAGAUCUUUCAAUAUCCACUUCUUUCGUAGAAUGAUUGUGGAAUGGCUGGAAUGGUACGAAAAAGUAAAAGAAAAAAAAAUUAAGAUACCGUUAUGUCAGCUCUGUUGACAGAAAAUAUCUUCGAAUGUCGGGUGAGUUCUGUGCUAAAUAAGAACGUUCGGUCUUAUGGAAAAAUGUAUAUGUUUGAUAAUUGCAGUGAAACAUGCUGGAAUUCUGAUGCAGGAAGUCCUCAGUGGGUUUUUAUUAACUUUGAAGAAGAAUGUAGUCUUUCCAGCUUUGAAGUGGAAUUCCAAGGUGGAUUUGCUGGGAAAAAUUGUCAUAUAGAAGCUGGAUAGAGGUUGAAAUUUUAUAUCGUCGACAGCGAAACCUCCAUUACUGGCACUUCCCUCAAGAAUA